AUGGACUUGGAGCUGGACCCGGCAGAGCGGCAGAAGCGCAAGGAGAGGCAGGAGAGAGACCAAGAUAACUUCAUCCGAGACGAGAUCCUCGACAACGCCGAGGUGAUCUGUGCUCAGAUGAUCACUGCAGGAGGAGACUUCCUCUUCCGUCAGCUCGGCAGCUUCGACGCAAUCCUCGUCGACGAGGUCGCCCAGUGCACUGAGAUCAACACCAUCGUCCCCAUCGUCCAGAGGGGAUGCAGCCGCCUCGUCCUGUCUGGGGACCACUGCCAGCUCCCUCCAACAGUGCAGAGCGAGGAGGCGGAGGAGCGAGGAAUGUCGGUCUCCCUGUACGCUCGGCUGGUGAGGGAGGGGCUGGAGGCGAAGUUCCUCGACACUCAGUUCAGGUCGCACCCGAAGCUCAUGGAAUUCUCCUCCAAGAUGGUCUACGACGGGAGGCUCAAGGACGGGAUCAGGGGGGAGGAGCGGCCGGCGCUGCAGGGGUUCGUGUGGCCGAGGAGGGACGUGCCCGUGGCGUUUGUGGACAUGGGAAGAGGAUACCACGAGCAGCAGCAGGGAGAGUCGAAGGCGAACCCCAAGGAGGUGGAAAAGCUGCUGCAAGUGCUGAUCAUGGUGUUGAGGAAGAAGAACCUGCGGCCGCGGGACGUCGGGGUGGUCACCCCCUACAUGGCUCAGGUCCGCCUGCUCAAGAGGAGCUGGCACAGCCUGUGCGCGCGGGAGAAUCUGGACCAGGCGGAGGCGAGGGAGCUGGAGAUAGCGAGCGUCGACAACUUCCAGGGGAGGGAGAAAGAGCUGAUCCUCUUCUCGGCCGUGAGGAGCAACCAGCGGGGCAUGGUCGGCUUCCUGCGCGACUGGCGGAGGCUCAACGUGAUGUUGACGCGAGCGAGACGUGGACUAAUCGUCUUCGGCUCGUCCCACACCCUCCGC